AUGCAAACCCCUUUGUUAUUUUCAGUGCAAAAGCUUGAUCUUAACAGAAAAACUGUAUACGAUUGGCGUUCGCUUUUUCGAGAUCUACCAUAUAUUCUGUUUGAUCGUGCAGAGCCUAUGGGUGGAACGGGUGAAAUUUGUCAGAUAGAUGAGAUUCUGUUAAGAGGGAAAAGGAAAAAUAAUAAGGGGCGAUUAACAAUUGGGGAUUUAGAGUCAAAAAAGCAAAAAAGUGAUGAAGAAAUAGAAGAAAAGGAAGAAGAAGAAGAAGAAGAAAUUGAAGCCCUUGGAUUUUUGGGAUUUCCUGGUACAAAAGUAAUGAAUGGAAAUUAG